AUGAACUGGCCAACAACCUUCUCGGCCCUCUCGACACUCCUCAUCGUACUCCUAACCUCUUGCCCUCCUCCUCCCACCGCCGCUGCCAUUCCCACCUAUUCCCACUCCCACCUCGACAGCGAAAAGACAAGCAAUGCCCUACCUCUACAAGCAAGAGCUCUCGGCGGCAUCCUCAUCUGCAACGGCCCCAACGCCACACAACCAUGCGCCUACAGCGUUUACGAAAUGGAAACUUGUUACAACCUACCGGCGCCAUUCUUUCGGAAUGCGAGCACGUUUGCGCUGGAUGAGGGGGUUGGUAUUGUUAUCCUUACAUCCUCAACCCGAUCGAUCAACAGCAUGUCUUGCGGAGAAAUCUGCACCUCACCCGAAGGCUGUACUCUGGGCGGCGUGUCGUCGCAGUACGAGCACAAGUUCAACCUCAGCGCGGUGGGUUGGGAUCAUUAUAUCUCCUCGUUUGAGUGUCACUUGGGUGGUGCUCCGUCUGUACCGUAG